CUAACAUCGUCCUACAAUCAUGGCAUUCUUCAAUAUCCAUUUCAUUAGUUGCUUAUUAUUUGUACUAAUACUGAUCAUCCCAUAUGUAACCUCAUUAACGUUCAAUUUUACAAAUAUCCGUCCACAGAAUGAGAAUCAAGAGAUACAUAUCGAAGGAGAUGGAGGUUAUGUAUCAGAAAAUGGAAUUCAGGUGACCCCAGAUGUUAUUACGUCUGAUCAGAGCCAGAAAGCAGGGCGGGCGACAUACUACAAACCUCUUCAUCUUUGGGACAGCAGAUCAGACGAGCUAGCAAGCUUCUCUACCAGUUUUACGUUUGUGAUUGAUUCAAACAAAAAUAAAUCCUACGGUGAUGGCCUUACAUUUUUUCUGGCUCGGAAUAACUCAGUAAUAUCCGCUGAUAAUGGAGCCAUGGGUCUUCCAAUAAUUGAAUCAACAACUGCAGAAAGGAUCGGGUUUGUUGCAGUAGAGUUUGAUACAUCGUGGGACAGUUGGGACCCAUUAGACUCUAGCAAUACAUCCGUAGGUGACCAUGUAGGUAUCAGCGUUAACUCUCUUAUAUCGGUUAGGUCUCAGAAGUGGUCAAGUAAUGUAACCGGUGGGGGUGUGUGUCAAGCUUGGAUAACUUAUGAUUCAGAUUCAAAAAAUCUUAGUGUUUUGUUCACUGGUUAUCAAAACAACAGAGUCGUACGUCAAGAUGGACUUUUUUUCACAGUUGAUCUCAGGAACGAGUUGCCUGAAUGGGUCAUUUUUGGCUUUUCAGCCGCGACGGGAGCUACGUUUCAGAAGAAUAACGUGAGAUCAUGGGCCUUUAAUAGCUCAGAUUUGCAGGAAAAGGGGAUUCCAUCAAACACAGCACCCGAUUCAGGCAAUAGUAAAGGCAGCAAGGUGGGAAUUAUAGCUGGAAUAGCAUCGGUUACCAUUAUUUCUGUGUUUGUGCUCGUACUUGUUUUGUGGAUGAGGAAGAAGAAGAAGAGUAGGGAAGACAAAGCUGAAGUAUAUAAUAUUGAAGUUGAGAUGAAUAAUGAGUUUGAAACGGGCACCGGACCUAAAAGAUUCUCAUACCAGGAAUUAGCUCGGAUAACUGAUGACUUUUCUGAUAAUGAGAAACUUGGGGAGGGAGGUUUUGGGGCUGUUUAUAGAGGUUUCUUGAAGGAUUCGAACACAUAUGUUGCAGUGAAAAGGGUCUCCAAGAAUUCCAAACAAGGGAUCAAGGAGUACGCAUCAGAAGUCAGGAUCAUCAGCCGAUUGAGGCACAAAAAUCUGGUGGAACUGAAGGGUUGGUGCCACGAGAAAGGGGAACUCUUACUUGUAUACGAGUAUAUGGAAAAUAGAAGCUUAGAUUCACAUCUUUUUAAAUCAAAGAGCUUGUUAACAUGGGGAACGAGAUACAAAAUUGCACAAGGUCUGGCCUCUGCUUUGCUGUAUCUACAUGACGAAUGGGAGCAAUGUGUUUUGCAUAGAGAUAUCAAAUCCAGUAAUGUGAUGUUGGACUCAAAUUUCAACGCAAAGCUUGGUGAUUUUGGGUUAGCUAAAUUGGUUGACCAUGUAAAAGACUCGGAGACAACGAUGUUGGCUGGGACCAUGGGGUACAUGGCUCCUGAAUGUAUAGUGACCGGCAAGGCAACCAAAAAAUCCGAUGUCUACAGCUUUGGAGUUGUUGCGCUCGAAAUAACUUGUGGUCGAAAGCCUAUCAGAUACGAAGCUCAAAAAAUGAAAAUACGUCUAGUAGAAUGGGUUUGGGAGCUAUAUGGAAAAGGGAGUCUUUUACAAGCAGUUGAUCCUCAUCUAGUUUUAGAUUAUAAGGAAGAAGAGCUAACACGUUUGAUGAUAUUAGGGUUGUGGUGCGUACAUCCUGACUCUGAACGUCGCCCAUCGAUGAGACAAGUGAUUCAAGUAUUGAACUUUGAGGCAUCCCUACCUAUUCUCCCCUCAAAGAUGCCAGUAGCAUCCUACUUGUCACCUCCCAUUUUUUCAUUAUAUGGCACCAACUCUAUAACCCGAAAAGACCAAAACCAAUCAUCUAGUAACAUCUCUAACACGCACUCCUUUGAGCAACCAAUAUCGUCAACAAAUAAUCCUUCUCCUUCUCCUUCGGUUUCCUUAUUGUACUCAGCACAUUCACAUGUAUAGGUGCUGUUGGUUGUUAAUUUCACUUUAUCAUUAACAUAAGACUAUUAUAAACCAUGACUUCCAGUUAUAUACUUUGAUUAUUGAAAUUUUCCAGUAUUUGAUUCAA